AUGGAAGAGUUAUACUCACUGAUAGAUUUAAAUCUUGAAGUCUCAAGGGGAUCCAGUCAUAACGUGCCUGUGGAAGGACGACCAGCUUCAGGUUGCAUAUCUCCAUUGGCAUAUGGUGUCGUUGACACCGAAAAUGAUUGUUCGUGGACAUGGUUUUUCGAACAAUUCAAACAUGCAUUUGGCGAGAGAAAAGAUAUGUGUGUUGUUUCAGAUAGAAAUAAGAGUAUCAUGAAGAGUGUGAGGAUUGUGUUCCCAAAUGUACCUCAUUAUGCAUGCAUCUGGCAUCUUUGGAAGAAUGUAUGUGGAAACUUCAAAAGGAGCAGAAAGGCCAUAAGUGAUCUAUUCUACUCUAUGUCCAAGGCAUAUAGAAAGGAAGAUUUUGAUAAGUUGAUGGCUAAGGUUGAUAGAAUUGAUCACAGGAUUAAGGAGUACCUUGAAGAUGCAGGUUACGAAAAGUGGUCAAGAGUUCAUGAAACAGUAAACAGAGGUAGAAUGAUGACUCCAAACAUUGCAGAAUGUAUCAAUGGUUGUCUUGUUGAAGCACGCCAAUUAACUAUAUUAGAAUUCUUGGAAGAAGUUAGAAUUCUUUUUGGUUCUUGGCAUUGCAAAAACAUAGAAGUAGCCUCAUACACAAAGGACACAUUAGGGAGAAAAUUUGAGGAAUUGUUGAUUACAAACGCGGCUAAAAGUUCAAAAAUGGAGGUUGUUCCAUCAUCUGAAUUUAUUUUCUCAGUUUAUGAAAAUGGAAGAAGAUAUAUUGUUUGUCUUGAGCGGAAAGUAUGUUCUUGUGGUAGAUUUCAACUAGAUGAGAUACCUUGUUCACAUGCAAUCGCUGUAUUGAAAAAAAAGAAUGUCACAGAUAUGAAUCCGUAUUGCUCUGAUUACUACAAGCUUGAUGCAUUGGCAAAAACAUAUGAAAUUCCAAUGGUACCAAUGCCAGAUAAGGAGGAUUGGUCAGAUCCUAAUAAUGUGGUAGCUGAAACUGUGUAUCCACCUAGAUACAGAAGAUCAUCUGGACGACCAAGAAAAAGAAGAAGAAAGAAUGCAGAUGAAAAGAUUUCGGUGAACACAAACUGUUGUGGACAAUGUGGACAAGAAGGACACAACAGAAGAACUUGUACUUUCUACCCAAAAGAGAAGUGAAUUAGUCGUAAUGUUUCUAAGAUAUCAAGAAUAAUUUAUAACGUAAACA